AUGCUAAAGUUGAAAACUUUAUUUCAUCGUUCCAAAUAUUUCCACCCCAAGAUUUAUUACAGAACCUUAAAUUCAUUAACAACAGCAGAAGCCCUUCAAAAUCUUGACCCCACAAUAUCUAGUUACUUCAAUUUCAUCUCAUCAAACCCAUUAUUUUCCCUAUUGUGUUCAUGUCGAAAUCUAAACUCACUCAAACAAUUACAUUCUUUACUCAUAGUAGAUGGGCAGUCAACUCAGCUCAACUUACAAACCAAACUCGUAAGCCAAUACGGUUCUCUCGGGGACUUACGGAAUGCGCGCUUAGUGUUUGAUGAAAUGCCUAACCCAGAUAUGUUUUCAUGUAAAGUUAUGAUUAGAUGGUAUUUUAUCAAUGAUUUACAUUUUGAAACAAUUGGGUUUUAUAAGUGUAUGAGGAGAUGUGUUAGGGAACAUGAUGAUGUCGUGUUUUCGAUUGUUGUGAAGGCGUGUACGGAGAUGAGAGAUGUGAGUGUAGGAAGGAAGGUGCAUUGUGAUGUUGUCAAGGCGGGAUGUCGUGAUGGUUUUGUUUUGACUAGUCUUGUUGAUAUGUAUGCUAAGUGUGGAGACGUGAAGUGUUCGCGGAGUGUUUUUGAUUGUAUUGUUGAUAGAGAUGUCGUUUCUUGGACUUCUAUGAUUGCUGCGUAUGUGCAAAAUGGUUGUGCUGAGGAAGCGUUGGUGUUGUUUAAUAGGAUGAGGAGUGGGUUAGUUGAAGGAAAUCAACAUACUUUUGGAAGCAUUGUUUCGGCGUGUACAAAGUUAAGAGCUUUACAUCAAGGGAAAUGGGUCCACGGGUAUGCUAUUAAGAAUGGGGUUGAUCUCAAUUCGCAUUUUGUUAGUUCUCUUGUGGAUAUGUAUGUGAAAUGUGGGGCUAUUGGUGAUGCUCGAUACGCUUUUGAUGAGCUUUCUGGUGUUGAUCUUGUUACUUGGACUGCCAUGAUUGUGGGCUAUAGUCAAAAUGGUUAUCCUAAUGCAGCAAUUGCAUUGUUUACCGACGAGAAAUAUAAGAAAAUUUUACCCAAUUCAGUUACAAUUUCAAGUGUGAUAUCGGCUUGUGCACACAUGGGCAAUCCGAACUUAGGUAGAUCCAUACAUUGCCAUGAGGUUAAGUUAGGAUUAGAAGAUACUAAUGUGGUAAAUGCUCUUGUGGACAUGUAUGCAAAGUGUCAGAUGAUUAAAGAUGCUCGUUACUUAUUUGACAAAUUUUCAAAGAAAGAUUUGGUUACAUGGAACUCGAUUAUCAAUGGGUACGCCCAAACUGGCUAUAAAGAUGAGGUUACAAGGUUAUUUCAUCAAAUGAGAUCAGAAGGCUUUCUCCCAGAUGAAUUUACAUUAGUGACCCUCCUUUCUUGUUUUUCUUCUGCUGGUGAUCUUCAUGUUGGUUCUUCUGUCCAUUCUUAUUGCAUCAAAGUUUCAUAUGACGAUGUAUAUAUCAACACAGCACUUUUGCAUUUUUAUGCCAGCUGUGGUGAAUUAAAAACUGCCCGUCGUGUUUUUGAUAGUAUGGGUGAGAAGAGCACAAUUUCAUGGAACACAUUGAUCAAUGCCUAUGGAAUGCAAGGGGAUUGCAAUGGUUCUAUUGCACUUUUCAAUGAUAUGGUGAAAGGAAAUUUGGAUCUUACUGAUGCAACAUUCACAGUAAUUCUAUCUGCUUGUAGUCACACAGGAACAGUUGAAGGAUGGAAAUUCUUUAAUAUGAUGUGUCAAGAGUUUAACUUUGUACCAAAAAUGAAGCACUAUGGAUGUAUGGUUGACCUGUUGGCUCGUUCUGGCAAGCUCGAAGAAGCAUUUGACUUCAUCAAGAAGAUACCGGAGCAACCUGAUGUGAGCUUGUUUGGGUCAUUUCUUCAUGGUUGCAGCAUGCACUCGAGGUUUGACCUUGGUCAGAUGGCAGUGAGAUGGAUGUUUGACCAACAUCCGAUCAAUGCGUCCUAUUAUGUGCUCGUGUCGAAUUUGUUUGCUUCCGAUGGAAGAUGGAGCCAGGUUUCUCAAAUAAGAGACUUGAUGAAGCUAAAGGACUUGAAUAAGCUGCCUGGAUGCAGCCUGAUUAGUAACGACAAUUGUACUAUAACGCAUCAUCUGGUCUGAAUCAUGAUGCACCCCUGAAGGUUUCUUUGAGACCUGCAGAUAUCAUCAUUGAUCUACCAAUCUAAGAUUGCUUCCAGUCUUUGACUA